GUAACUUGUCAUUUCAGAGAAAACAAAACUGAUCUCUCUCUCUCUCUCUCUCGUUGUGAGUUCAGGAAAAUGGCCGAGGCCAGUAUUUCAGUAGAUCAGCUUUCUGUGGACCAGUUCAUGUGUCCAGUGUGUCUGGAUCUCCUGAAGGAUCCGGUGGCUAUCUCCUGUGGUCACAGUUUCUGUAAGGUGUGUAUUAAUGGCUGCUGGGAUCAGGAGGAUCAGAAGGGCGUCUACAGCUGUCCUCAGUGCAGAGACACUUUCACGACAAGGCCUGUUCUACGCAGAAACAACAUGCUGGAUGAAGUGGUGGAGAAACUGAAGAAGACUGAAGUCCAAGCUGCUUCUCCUGCUCACUGUUACGCUGGACCUGGAGAUGUGGAGUGUGAUUUCUGCACCGGGAGAAAACACAAAGCCGUCAAUUCCUGUCUGAUUUGUUUGGCUUCUUAUUGUGAAACUCAUCUGAAACCUCAUCUUGAAGUUCCUGUUUUGAAAAAGCACACAUUAAUUGAAGCCUCAGGAAAACUCCAAGAGAAGAUCUGCUCUGAACAUAACAAGCUGAUUGAGAUCUACUGUCGUACUGAUCAAGCCUGCAUCUGUUAUUUGUGUAUGAUGGAUCAUCACAAAGGUCACAACACCGUCACAGCCACAGCAGAAAGAGCUGAGAAACAGCGUCUUGUUCAUCUCCAUGGCCGGAGCCAGCUAUGAGGCACCCACGGUCUGGACCUCGGUCAUUUUUAAGAGCUGAAAAUACAUUUGUACGUUAAAUAUUCAACUGAAUAAAAAUUAAAGAAUAACAUUAAAACGUCUUCGUAAAAAGUGCAUUGAUAAUUAUGUUAAAUGUUGAUUCUGUCUUCUGUGUGUGUUUGGUGUGCGCGGCUCUGAGACCAAGAACACAAACGCGAAUGAGCGCACAACUCGGCGGAGGAACGCAGUGCAGGAGACACGGGGUUUUCAUGGGAACCAUCAGUGCACUUUCAUCAGGCUGUUCAAUUUACAUUUUCAAAGCAGCGCAGUUGUAGCCAGAUGCGCAGCUUGUGAACAGGCAAGGCAGGCAACUGUUUGGGGCCCCCUGGCCCAGGGGCCCCCCGAGAGUUGGGGCCAGAGGGCUUAUUUAUUUUGUUUUU